ACACACACACACACGGACACACACCACCGGAGCUGUCAGUCGCACCAGCUCCACACGCUCCAUCAUCCGUCUGCGCGUCUUUUACGCACCGCGGUGCCUCCUGCGCUGCGCGUCGCCCGCCGCCUCGUCCCGUCCCGAGGAGGCUGAACUGUUUCAACAACCCCGGCGAAGAAGGGAACCGGGAGCAAAUGGCCUCGCAGGCGAUCGGGCUUCCGCCUCUGUCCGAGGAGCAGGUCAAAGUGCUGGAGGAGAACUUCAAGGGCUGCAGGUUCCCGGACGGCACGACGCUCAUGCUGAUCGCCGCCGAGUGCGGACUGUCGGAGGAGGACACGCUGAAAUGGUUCAAGCUACGCAACGCAAAGUGGCGGCAGGCGGAGGGUUUCCCAGCUGAACUGGGCUCGGUGUUGGACUGAGACGUUUCCCCGGACGCCCCCCGGCUCCACGCCGACCCCGUUUCGUCUCGGACAUGAAGACCUCCCCCCCGACCUCCUCCUCCUCCUCCUCCUCCUCCUCGUACGCCUCCGUCUGCGUGUGCUCGCUCUCUCUCUCUCUUUUGUAUCUAUGAAGCUAUUUCGAACUUACAGAAUGUGAAGGUGUUUGUGUUUUUUUGUUGUGUAACCGCCAUGUUUACAAGAAAUAAACAUAUUGUUAUUAUAAGUUAAA